UGUGUCUAAGCAGCAUGCAGUGAUCCCCAGUCAGGUGUUUGAGUUAGAGGAUGGCAGCAGCAGCUAUAAGGACUUUGCCAUGACCAGGAACAACCGCUUCAGCAGCGCUGGACAGGCCUCCAAAAAUAUCAUCCAGCCUCCAUCUGCAGUGCUUCACUACUACAACGUUCCUCCAUGCAUAUCACAGGACCACUUACUGAGGCUGUGCACGGAGCAUGACGUGCCUGGUUUCGUCAAAUUCAAGAUGUUUGAUGCCAAACCCUCCUCUAAGACCAUCUCUGGCUUGUUGGAGUUCGACAGUAAGACGGAGGCUGUGGAGGUUCUUACUGUUCUCAACCACUACCAGAUCAGGAUACCCAAUGGGUCCAACCCAUACACCCUGAAACUGUGUUUCUCCACCUCGUCUCAUCUAUAAAAAGCUGCAGAGCACAAGAAGAGGCUGCUGAGCCUGAUGAUGGCUGACCUCUGACCUGAGAGAGGGAGAGGGACCACGAGAGGCGGACAAGUGGACGAGAGAUAAACAGAAAGAAAUGUGAGAGAAGAAAAGAAUGCGAGAGAGAUGGCUUUUAACGGAGAGAAAGAAGAAGAAAGAAACGUGUUAAGGAGAGAGAAGACACUGUCGCUGUCUCCAAACAUCAGAGGCACACCCGUCAUCCCACCAUCCAAUCAACUCAACAAGCUGACAGACAAGUGACAAGUCUGAAAUACUCCAAUAAUGUGCUAUUUUGUCAUGUGAGACUUCUGGAGGACACUGCUCCAGUGUUUGUCCCAGAACUCUUAAACUUGUCUUUGAUUGUGGACCUAGACUGACAGGCUGACUGACUGACAGACAGACAGACAGACAGACUGACAGGCUGACAGACGGACGACCGACUGACUAACGGGAAGGCAGGCAGACAGACGGAAUGACAGACAGACUGACAGACGGAAUGACAGACAGACUGACUGACGGACAGACUGACUGACUUACAGGAAGGCAGGCAGGCAGACUGACUGACUGACAGACAGACGACCGACUGACUUACAGGAAGGCAGGCAGACAGACAGACAGACCAGGGACCCACUCUGAACUGUAAUUCCAUGUCAGUCAGACAUCUCUAAAAUCAUAUCAUACUUACUGAAAUGAUAUUUUGAUGUUUAAAAAAUGGAAAAAUACUGUGUUGUUUUGAAUUGCCAUUGAACAUAGACUGUAAACGUGGAUACCAUUUUUAAACAAGUUCUCAUUUAGGGUUCAUUAUUGCAAUGUGAAAUGUAGAGGUGUCCCUCUACUGUUCGGUCAAGAACUUUGGCUCAGAUUGAGAUGUCUCAACUACUGACCCGUUGUUAAGUUCGCUGUGGACAUUCAUGGGCCCUACAUAAAGAUGCUUAAUGGUUUUGGUGACCCUCUGACCUGACUUUCUUCCCUACAGGCAGCAUAAGACAGACUUUGAUCUCUGACGUGGUAUCUGGAAAGCUAACAGCAGGAUUUCCAUGACAUGUUCCCAAAGAGACGAACGUUUUGAUUUGAAUGCUUCAGUGACAUCUUCUCUAGCACCACCCUCAGGACAAAUGUUAGACUUUCAGCCACACUGCUGCUGAGGCUCUGAGAAUGACAACGUUAUUAUUGUGUUUUUGUCCUGUCAUUCAAAUUGUGAGGUGCAAUAGAAGGUUUUAAGACUGAGGCUUCUAGUUUAGCGACAGAGGCACUACAUGUUAUUGGCAGCACAAAAGAGAGUGAUGUGAGGUCACAGUUAAUGCACUGAGAUGGUGGAGCUAAUUGAGAACAGUGAGCCGUCCAAGCACUAGCUAUAUAAACUACUCACACCAUGAACAUUUAUCUCAGCUUUACAUAAUGCUUUUUCAGAUAUGUAAGUUAGUUUCAUCAGCCUCUAAACAAAAAAGGACAUAUCUGAGUAUUUCAUCAUUACAUCUUCCUUUCAUUGUCUGAAAUAAUCGAACGCUGGAGCACACAAAGAAAAGUGCGGUGUAUCUGAAAGGGUUUCCUGACUUUACUGUGACCUUAAAGGGUAAUGUCUAUAUAUUUCAUUCUGGACCCUGUUUUCCCAUGUUUUGCCGCUAUGUCUAUGUGACUAAUUUGUGGUUAGAACUUUAAUUUGCCCAAUGAAUUCAGACUUUGUUGCUAAGUAGCUUUAUACAUACAUGGAAUUUUCUUUGUGGCUUUGUGCAUUACAAUAAACAUAAAAUAUAAAAAUAUGAAAUUGACACUGUAUAAAACGUUUUAACAGAAUAGUACUAAUGAAUAUGUGCAAGAACAUGUGCAAUAUGGCAGAUUGUGUCCAGAGUAUUUAUGUCAGAUUUACGAUGAACGUUAAAACAUUGUUUUCAGGAUAUUUUUAACACACCAAAGCAUGGCACAUAUGGCACUUCUGUUACUGCCUGCGAGUGAAAACACCAAGCUGCAGCGACUGUGCCAGGUUACUGCCAUUAGACAAGUGUCUCGAUUUUGAAGAAGGGACAUAAAUGAUUUGGUGGACUGGAGUAGAAUUACAACUGUGUAAAAAACAAACUGUUCAUAUUCUCAAUAUAUUCAUUGUGAGGUACUGGGAGUUUCCUCCACACUGCCCUGCUCUUUGUGUUGUACAUGCUAGAUGUUGUUUUCACUAAAUAUAACAGGGUUUUAGUUCUUAGGGCCUCUGUUGGCUACUUUCCGUCUGUACGUCACUUCCUUUUGUCUCUGGUCCUUUUGCUGCAUCACUUGCUGUUUGAAUGGAAAUGAAUCAUUUGCUGACAACAAUUAGGUUAAUGUCACAUUAGAGCUGUUGUUAUCUACUGUUUUGAUACUGCUGGUGGACAUGUGUUUGGCAGUACGGUGUCUUCAGCUUGUUUUCCUAACCCAGUAUUGAUCUUAAUAUGUGUUGAGCCAAAAAAUAUUAGAGAAGUAAUGGGCUUGAGACCAGAGUUCUGCCUGCAUGUUAACAGUCAGUGUUUGCUACAUGCUUUGACUAGAGAUGCUGGACCUAGUGCAUCAACCUGUCAGUAUUCAAGUCUGAUACUUUAAGAGAAGUACUCUUGGUAUCAGUACUUCUACUAUGUGAUGUAUUUCCUCUGGAAACAGUUGGGGGACACACUAACGGUUGAUUAAUGUGGGUAAACCAACAGCAAAUAUUUGACAGGAUGAGCAGAAGAGCAGGAUUGUUGAAAAACUGGUGAUGACUUUAUUUGUUGGCCUCAAUACACCCACUAGUGCAGCAUGAAGUUACAACUGAAAACUCACCGUUUUCUACCAAGUGGCAGUUUUUCACGCGCCCAUUUAAUGGAAUCUAUAAUAGUUUUGGCCAUCAUUCCUGUCAGGAAACAUGGUGACAGUUUGCUUACUUGCUGUGCUCAGUACACAGAAUGGUGCAACCUAACACAAGUCCAGUUUAACUUUUCAAAAUGCACAACAGCUAUAUUACACACAGUGCACAACUACUGUAAGACCAGCGUGUCAAAGUAGAACCAGGAAGCAGCCGUCCAGUUUGGGCAUUGAUUUUAAUGGCCGCCUUCCUUAACAAUAGGCCAAUCUUACCUUCAGACUCAGUAUCAAUUCUGUCUUUGUCAUACCUUAAUAUCAGGCUCUUGUUUGUGCAGAAAAUGUUCAUGCUCAUUUCAUACCUUUUUUGCACUGCACAUGGAGAACUACUGGAAUUACAUAAUAUUAAAGGAUAUUUUGCUUUGUCGUUUUAAACAGCAUAGUCAUUUUUUUCUUGCAAUAUUUUAUUUUUAUAAUAAUACUAAUAAGAUUUCUUUGUGGAUUAUGCCUAAAUUAUGUGACUAAAUAGGCUACCUAAAAUCUGGAAGAUGCAUAGGCUCCAUAUGAAGGCAGAGAGUGCAUGACUGGACACACUGGGCUUCUUAGAGGCCAGUUUUUUGGUGAGGCACAGUAACAAAACGCAUUGUCUCUGUUAGAUCAUGUGUCUUAUAAAGGACAUGCAGAUUUUCCUGCUCCCAGCCUUCCUUACAGUACGCUGGGAUCCAUCACACUUGUUAAUCAAGGCAUGCUUUUUGUACAUAAUAUGUAAAUAAGGAAAAGGUGUGAAAAGUUUCAACAGAUGAAUCCCACUUAGUCUGCUGUUAGAUGAUUGCUCAUUUAGAUGUUGUUUGUAUGUCUCUUACAGCACUUGGAUCUUACUGUAUUUGUAAGGAGGUUUUAUUUAUUCUUUUUUAAGUUUUUAAGCCUUUAAGCGGAUUUGAUAAAUGAGGGCUCUUGUUCCUGAGUUUUUAGGGGAUUGAAAGUAUGAGACAGAUCUCAUGAUUUUUAGGCUGUAUAGGUUUAAUGUUGUUAAUAGUCAGUAAUCACCAAUGAAACACUUAGAAAAACACAAUUAAAAUGUUCCAUUCAUUUAAGAAUUUCUGUGAUUGUAACUUACAUGUACAUGUUCAAAUUGAAUAAAUCCAGGUUUGUAGCUGUAAGGUCAGCUACACACUGCUCAACUCA